AUGGCUCCCGAUGCGCCAGAGACAAAUGAUUCUCCCAAGCCUACCUCAGGCAUUAUCUCCGAGAAGGACGUUCCGAGCACGAGAUGGACCCCCGAAUCUGCGCUCGCCGAACUCUCCUCGCCGCCCGUUCCCGACACCGACUCACCACUUCCCUUCUUCCACCUGCUCGAGCGACUGAAAACGACCAAGCGCGAGGGCUGGCGCCGCUUCGGUAUCGUGCACGGCGAGUCUAUUUCCGACCACAUGUACCGCAUGUCCAUCCUCACCAUGAUGGCUCCCUCCUCGCUAUCCUCGCGCAUCAACAUCCCACACUGCACAAAGAUGGCCCUUAUCCACGACAUGGCCGAGGCGUUGGUCGGUGACAUCACACCCGUCGACCCCAUCUCGAAGGAGGAGAAGUCGCGCCGCGAGUCGGAGACUAUGGAUUACCUGUGCACCCGCCUGCUGGGCAAGUUCGGCGGCGGUCUCACGGGUGCCGAGAUCCGCAAGGUGUGGCAGGAAUACGAGGACAGCGAGACGCUGGAGGCAAAGUACGUGCACGAUAUCGAUAAGAUGGAGCUGCUGCUUCAGAUGAUGGAGUACGAGCGCGGCCAGGAGGGACGUUUGGACAUCGGCGAGUUCACCUGGGUCGCCACCAAGAUUGUGUUGCCUGAGAUCAAGGACUGGGCCGAGCAAGUCUUCGAGGAGCGAAGACAGUUCUGGAAGUCGGUUGGCAAGGAGCCGAGCUGGGGAGGCGACCGCAAGUCGGUGGCAUGA